GGGGCUUCCGGCGGCGCCCGGCGCGGCGGCGGCACCGGCGGCCUGGGCGGCUCCGCCCUCCGGACGGGAAGUAAAAUGCUUUCUAUGAGAACUUCUGAUGCCAAGACUCUUUUGAAGACUUACUUUGUUGCAUGGCUUAAAGGCAGAUGAUAUUGUUAAUGAAUUCUGAGCAUCCUUCAGGAGACUGGUGACCCUUCUAUCAUUGAUGUAUGCUGUCAUGGACAACUUCAAAUGCUCUUUUCCAAAACACCACAAGCAGUUAAUGCACCUUAUAAAGGACUCCUGACUUUUUGAUUCUUCCUAAGUCAAAUCUAGAUGUCACCAGUGUUUCCCAUGUUAACAGUUCUGAGCAUGUUUUACUAUAUGUGCCUUCGGCGCCGAGCUAGGACAGCGACGAGAGGAGAAAUGAACAGUCGGAGGGCGAUUGAAUCAAACACCCGAGCCUUACCUAUCAAUGUUGAAAUAGUUCAGUAUGCCAAAGAAGUGUUGGAUUUCAGCUCUCACUAUGGCAGUGAAAACAGCAUGUCAUAUACCAUGUGGAAUUUAGCAGGUAUUCCAAAUGUGUACCCUAGUUCUGGUGACUUUACUCAGACUGCUGUCUUUCGAACUUACGGGACCUGGUGGGAUCGUUGCCCCAGCGCUCGGCUGCCGUUCAAGAGGACACCAUCCACCUUCUGUAGCCAAGACUAUGUGGAACUUGCUUUUGAAGAACCAGUUUAUCCCACUGCAGUGCACAUUCUGGAAACCUAUCAUCCUGGAGCUGUAGUCAGGAUUUUAGCAUGCUCUGCAAAUCCUUACUCUCAAAAUCCACCAGCUGAAGUAAGAUGGGAAAUACUUUGGUCUGAGGCACCUACAAAGGUGAAUGGUCCUCAGGCUCGGCAGUUCACACCUUGUAUCAAACAGAUAAACUUUCCUACAAACUUAAUCCGACUGGAAGUGAACAGCUCUCUUCUGGACUAUUACACUGAAUUGGAUGCAGUAGUGCUACAUGGUGUGAAAGAGAGACCUGUGCUUUCACUAAAGACUUCAAUGAUUGAUAUGAAUGAUAUAGAUGAAGAUGAGGAUGAAGAAAAGUAUGGCUGUGGAAUGGACACCCUUAAUAAACAGUUCAGCAUCGUUACCCUCAGGGAAUGGCCGACUAACGGAUAUUUUGAUAAACUGCCUUAUGAGCUCAUCCAGUUGAUUUUGAGUCACCUUACAGUACCAGACCUGUGUAGACUAGCACAAACUUGUAAGCUACUCUAUCAACAUUGCUGUGAUCCUCUACAGUACAUUCAUCUCAGUUUACAACCUUACUGGGCAAGGAUUAAUGACACAUCUCUGGAAUACCUACAGUCCCGCUGCACUCUCAUCCAAUGGCUGAAUUUAUCUUGGACUGGAAACAGGGGAGCCAUCUCUGUUUCUGGAUUUAGCAGGUUCUUGAAAGUUUGUGGCUCUGAACUAGUACGUCUUGAAUUGUCUUGUGGCCAUUUCCUCAAUGAAGCGUGCUUGGAGGUCAUCACUGAAAUGUGUCCAAAUCUUCAGGAAUUAAAUCUCUCAUCAUGUGAUAAAAUACCACCUCAGGCUUUCAACCAUAUAGCCAAAGUGGGGAGCCUAAAGCGUCUCAUUCUCUACAGAACGAAAGUGGAGCAAACAGCCCUGCUCAGUAUUUUGAACUUCUGCUCGGAGCUGCAGCACCUCAGCCUGGGCAGCUGUGUCAUGAUUGAAGAUUAUGACCUUAUAGCAAGCAUGAUGGGAGCAAAAUGCAAAAAGCUUCGUAGUCUGGAUUUGUGGAGAUGUAAAAACAUAACUGAAAGUGGAAUCGCAGAAUUGGCUUCAGGCUGCCAGCUUUUGGAAGAACUUGAUCUUGGUUGGUGCCCUACGUUACAGAGCAGCACAGGCUGCUUCACGAACCUUGCACGUAAACUCCCAAACUUGCAAAAGCUCUUCCUUACGGCCAACAGGUCUGUGUGUGACACAGACAUCGAGGAGCUUGCUGCUAACUGUACACAUUUACGGCAGCUGGAUAUAUUGGGGACAAGGAUGGUGAGCCCCGCAUCUUUAAGAAAAUUGCUGGAGUCUUGUAAAGAUCUUUCUUUACUCGAUGUGUCCUUCUGUUCGCAGAUCGAUAACAGAGUUGUGCUAGAACUGAAUGCCAGCUUUCCUAAUGUGUUCAUAAAAAAAAGUUUCACCCAGUGACUCCCUACAUAUGCUGCUGUGGAACUCAUUUGACAGAGUUGUUUCCUGUAAAUUUGUGCUGACUUUUUUAAAGAAGAAUAUAAAUCUGCUGUGAAAUAGUGGAAACUAUUAAUUAUCUAUACAAAUGGGUAAAAUACAUUAAAAUGUAUUAUAUUUCUUGAAGAGUUGAUAUUGUACCUAAGAAUUAUUUUACUCUGUGUUAAUUGGUAACACUGCAUGUUUUUAAAUACCAGCCAUAUGUUUGGCUUUAAUGAAAAGCAAAUGAAUGUCUUCUUAAAUGUCCCUUCAAAGGGUGUUACACACAGUAAACUAUGUUAAUAUCCAGGUGAAAGCAAACAUUCAAUAUUGAGCAGUAAGGAAAAUAUGGGUGCUUCCUUCUUAUGUGUUUGUGUGUGUAUAUAUAAAUGUAUACAGAUGUAUUUGUAUAUACAUACACAGAUAUUGUAGCAUUCUAGUUUGGCCUGCAGCAUAAGAUGCUGUGAUCUGGCCUAUAAUUAGUUAUUUGGUUUUAAAGCUGUUUAAGCUUGUAUAGGAACAGAUCAAAAAGGCACUUUGUCCUCUUCAGUUGUUUGGCAGUGAUCUGUAUCUGAUACAUUUUUUUCCCUUCCUCCACCUGAAAUAGAUGUAGUGAUGUUUUACAGUCCAGCCUAAGUGACACAACAGAUAAAUGCAAGAACCUGAACCUCCUGAACUUAGAGCAGAAGCAAAAGAGAAAAUUGCCAUCUGUUUCUUGGUAUCAAUAUAAAAAGUUUGAGCCAGGUACUUAAUGUUGUAGCUGGUAAUGUGUAGAUAACUCCAGCAUAGUUUUUCAAAUUUCUGACGUGGUCAAGACUUGAUUUGUGAUACAUCUGAUUAUUGUGCAGAGUACCACGAAAAGUAGAAUUUAGGGUAAUGUGUUAGCAACUGUCCCUUACACUGGCAUCAAAUUUACUAUCAAGAGUGAAAACAAGCAUCAUUGUUCACUAAAACAGCAAUGAAAAUGUAAUGGGUUUGAAACAGGCAAUGUUGAUCUGGUGAUUUUUUAAUCACCAAACCUCAGUGUUGGAUUUGUUUUGUUUGGGUUUGUUUUGUUUUGUUUUGUUUUUUGAAGAGAUGGUAGCUCAAAGUACUAUUGCGCUCUCUCUUUAGCACUGCUUAGCCUCUGGAGAAGGAAAAUGUGUUGGUGGACAAUUUCUGAAAGUUUCUUCCUUUUGCACUUUCUUGGAUGAAGCUUUUCACUUUUUUUUUUCUUUGAAUAGCACCACUAGAAUAUGUCACUAUGUACAGCUUAAGUUUAGAAUUUUGCCUUUUUGGCCAUUGUUGAUGAAUAUGGACCAUGAAAUAUAGCCUGUCAUUUGAUAUUGGCUCUAUUAUCCUUGUAUUGAUGGCAUUUAUUGCCUACUGGACUAAGAAGAAAAAUACUUUGUCUGGCAGAAGUACAUUAUUGUACUGAAGAUCAGUUGCAAAGAACACUUCAUUCAUGCAGUAAAUAACCAAACUGCUACUAGAGGACUGCUAUGAAUCAUUAAAAAUCUGACAAUCUCUCUGACUCCUGAAUGACUGCUUUGAUCUCUUUGUGCUGGUGCCAAUACUUUAGAGACCAUGUCAUGAAACAGCUACAGAACAUUUAUCUGAUUUUAUUGAAAGACCUGUUUCUUCAAAUUUUUAAAUUUUGCUGACUCUUUGGGGAAUUCCAGAUCCAAAGAAGGACAUGCACAGUUGGCUUUUUAAUUUUUUCUUCCUCACAGAUGGCACUAUGGGAUUUCCAACUGGAUUAUACCAUUCCAUUUUUUUUUCCUUUAGAAAUCUAGGCGUUGUCAGAGAACUUUAGAUUGAUUUACUUUUCUUCCACACUGAAAGAUGUCAACUUUGGUAUGAUUCUGUGUGAGACCUCAUUUCUUUCAAUUAUGUUUGGGUUCAUUUAUUGUUCUUGGAACUUUUAAACUUUUUUUAUCUAUAAGGAAUAUAUUUCAUUGUAAUUGAAUAUUAAAUGUUAUUAUUCUAGUUAUAGGAGAACACAAGUUCAGAUAAUGGGAGUUUACAAAGAACAGUGUUUCCAAACAAAUGUUUUUGUUGUAAAAUUUCACUUCUCAGGGGUGUAUCUAUGUUUAUCUCCUUUUUUUUCUGAAGAGAUCUUUUUUGUUUGUUUUUCACUGUAAAUAGAAUGGAGUGUGGGUGAAAUGAUAACCAUUGUGCCUUCAAACUGGUCAACUUGGUGGAUAAUACAGCUUAAAUUCUAUGGCAUCAGUGAAUCAAAUAAGUGGUUUUGUAAUCACGUAUGUGUACAGAAUUUCAUUCUCUAUUGCUUCUUAGGUAGCAUGAAGGAGGUUUAAAUUGACAUUUUGUUCAUACUGAAGUAUUUUCUAUUGUUUAUGUCACGUUGGUUUUUUUCGGGAAUUCUCUAUUGUCACUUGAAAGAUAAAUUGAAGUCAACUUUUUUUUUGGACUGUUUAAAACUUAGCUUUUGCCAACAUAUAAUUAAUUGAAACAGCAGAGAAGUGAUUGGGAGUGACUUCCAUCUGUAGUUCUAGACUUCAACCUUCAAUCAGAGAGUAAGAAGCACUUUUAGCUAUGGCCUUAUAAGUCCCAAGAAGUCUUCCAGCAAAGAGAAGAUAGACCAGACUUGAAAUUUGUAGUACUUGUAGGAAUAAAGAAAACAACAUGCUUUUAGACCUUCCUUAUAUGUCACAAAGAAGCAAGAACAGAUCACUGUCUUUUUGGUUCUGCUAUUUUGUACUUAAGUGGGUCUACCUAUUUAUACACAUGUAUACAUAAAUUAUAUGUGUACACACAUAUGUUCAUGUGUAUAUAUGAAUUUUUUGGAUGUGUGUACAUACUUAAACAUAUAUGUAUAAAUCUCAGAGUUUGUCAUUUAGGAUUUACUUUUGUGAAGUGUAAUAGCAAAAAAUGUUUCAUAGCAAUUCUACUUUCAACUGUUGUUUUACUGUACCUGGAGACUGAGUUCCUCUCCACCCAUGCAGCAGAAAAAGCCUGGACAAGAGAUGUGCUGGAUUUCCUAUGUUGCUUUGCCAAAGUGCCUUUUGGUUUGUCUACACAUGAAAGGUGUUACAGGGUAUGAAGAGUGUGAAAUCGAAGUCCGGUAACUACUGUGGACUGUCUCAUUGUGAAGCAGUCAUAUAGCAGGAAAUUUAUAUUCUAGUUUCAUUUAAUCCAAAAUGAAUGAUGGCAGUUCCUCCAUUGGAGGAAUUUAAUUAUUCUUGAAUUGUAUUGUCAUCUCCAUCACUAGACCAUCCCUCAGUCACAUUAUCUAAAUUUUGCUUUUAAGGAUAUUCUUUUUGUUUAAUCUUGUCCUUUGAUCUCAUCUGUCUUUCUGAAGCUUUGUAAAAGAUGUGCUUUGGCAACCAAUGUUAAAAAACCUUGGCUAAUGUGUCCAAAAAAAGAGGUUUGCUCUGAACUGCUCCUGCUCUCACACUAGAAGGGGGCUUCCAUACCAUCUAUGAAAUUGAUGUGGGAUGGCAUGUAGGUAAAUACGUAAUUCCUUUGGUAAUUUUAAAAACUAGUAUGAUACCUUUAUCGUUUAAAGCCUCUUCUCUUCAAGGCUUCAAUUCAAUAGUGUACUUACUUGUAUUCAUAAUUCUGAGCUGUCUUCCUAGAUAGCUCUAUUGAAAUGGAUGGGAUUUCUGUUCUUUAAAUUAUACACCUGAUUAAGUACAUUAGUGAGCACGACUUAUAUAGAAGAGUUUUGCAUAGGAGUUUGGACCUUAUAAUCUCCAUGUACUUGGAGGUCCAAAUUGCAGACCAAAAAAACCCCAAAACCAACCAACUAACAGAAACCACUAAAAAACUAGUAUUUUCUGUCUGAUUCUUUCCUUAGAGCUCCUAUGCUAACUUUUCCAGAUACAAGAUGUCCAGUAAUCAUGGUACACGGUGAGUAGAAUUCAUCUCACUGAAUGUUAGCUCUCUUAAAGUUAGGCAUCUUCUUUAUGGGAGGAAUCUGGGCACCUCUAGAGAGAUAUUAAUCACCCCCUAAGAUAGAUAUUUAAGGAAAGUAGAAUGAAUCAUGUUCUGGAGAGCCUCUCUGGAGACUGUGGAAUCUGUAAUUUAGCUCAGGUCAGAUACUAAACUGAGAUUAAUUCUAUCCAGUGCUGUACUAGCUGUCUUGAAAAACAAGCCUGAAACAACAUCCAUCCCCAAACCUUUAAAUCUUUCAAAUUCCAUCCAGAAAGAAGCAAAUUAAAGAAAUUCUGACAACUUGAGAAGUUUCUAAAAGCUAGGAUCUUCUUCUGCCCCUUGCCAAUGCCUGUGGUAUGUCUUUUGGGUUUUUUUUGUCGGGUUUUGGGGUGUUUUUUUCUUUAGAAAUGCAUCCCCUUUCCCUCUUCUGAAAUCUCAUGUACUUAACUAUCUAUGUGUAUAGUUCUGUAAAUGCAUGAAAGUAACAGGCAAAUGUAAUUGAUAUAUUGCCACUAUUUUGAUAAUCUUUCAUAUUGCUAUAAUUAAGACUGAGUAGUUUAAUUGCUCUACUGUCAUCAGAAAUGUUACCCACUGUGCAUUUGCAAAACUUGUGUGUAGAGUCCUGCUUCUUACUGUGUGUACUUAUUGCAUCUUAUGGGAUAUAUUUCCCAUUUACAUCUGCAGGACUAUUACAUUUUAAAAAACUAGAUAAAAUGUAGCAUUUUAUUAUGAGGACUAUGGGAGCGACUUUAUAUAUAUUGAUUUAUAUGUUCGUUAUUAAUCGUUCACAAUGACUCCAUAAGUUGUAGCUUUGAAAUUACUUAGAAAAUCCUGGUUUAGUGCAUCUGAAUUUGCUGUGUUGGACACAGUCAACAUUUUUUCCCAAAUGAAGGCAUUUGUCCUUCACUGAGAUAAUGAUUUCUGUGAUUUUUAGAUUUCUGACUUGAAAAUGAAAUGCCAGGAGGUGCUCUUCAAUUAAAUAUUACCGGGCAUGGGAUAAAUUGUGGUAACUGACAUUAGGAAGGGAUGAGAAAUGAUUCUUGUGUGUUACAGAUUCUCAUGAGCUUCAAAGAAGGGCUCAGCAGGAGGUGGCUCUUUUUAAGAAGUUUCAGCCUCUGUACUAGCAGGCAGUGGUGAGAUUUUCCUUUUUAGCUAGAUGGGCUAAGCAGUAUUACUUUUGAUGGAGUUAUAUAGCUAUAGUUUCUCCUUGUCUUGUUUUCAUUUAAGAAUGAUAAAUGGCACAGUUAGGACAGAUGCCCUAAAUUGAAAGGGAUCCAUUGUGAGGAAUGAAGUUUUUCUCUUGCAUGUUUUGUUCACCUUUUCUAAAAAUAAACAAAUAAAAAUACCCUCAACUAUUAGAAAACUCAUUUUCAUCGGUUACUGAAGUGAUGCAAAUGUCAAGAAAGUUGAGAAAAGAAAGAAAGGGGACUCAUCCAGAUUUAUCUGGAAACUAGUGGAAGGGUGGCCAGAGCUAUUUACAGAUGUGAGGAAAGUAAGUGCCUUGCUCCAGAUCAGCUGUUAUCUUUCCCAGAAACGUAGCUUCCCACAUAAUAUCACAUGCUCAUACUUUUAAGUCAAGAUCUAGCAUUUAGAGGCUUUCAUGUACGUAUUUGUGCAGUAAUUAAUGAUGUCUCUUCAUUUCAUUUUUGUGAACUACAUACAAAUAUUUUUCUUUGCCUACGACUGCCCAGCCACAUUUUUUGUUAAAAUCUGAAAUUAUUUUGUGCAUGUACACUCAGGUGCUUAAUUGCUUAGGUUCUUUGCAAUUGGUCCUUUUCUGAGGACAAAUAAACUGCAGUUUGGAGGAAAAAAUGUUAAAGUGAAGGCUCUAAAGAAGAGAAGGCCCAGGGGAAAUCUGAUCAAUGUGUGGGAAUACCUGAUGGAGGGUGGGGAAUGAAGAAACGACAGCCAGAUUCUUCUCAGUGAUGCCUGUGGAAAGGACAAGAGGCAAUGGGCACAAACUGAAAUACAGGAGGCUCUAACUUAACACAAGAUGACACAUUGUAUGGUAAGGGUUGGCCACAGGUUGCCCACAGAGGUUGUGGAAUCUCCAUCCUUGGAGAUACUCAUCAUCGGGGGCAACUGACUCUAGGUGGCCCUGCUUGAGCAGUUGGAGGCUGGACUAGUUGACCUCCAGAGGUCUCUCUCCAACCUCAUACAUUCUGUCAUUCUGUGAUUUGAGACAUGCCCUGUGGUUGUUUUGUUUGCUGAAGAAGGUAGGGAGGGGAGAAAAGGAAGAAUAGAUAGGAACUUGUGAUGUUGAGAACAGCCACAAGAAUCUUCUUAAUUUCCUUUUUUGUUAUUUUAAGACAGGUAACAUUUUUCACGGUUUAAGGAAAAGCUAAAUGUGAAUUAUUGAAGUAAAAUUUUGGUAUUGUUUUCAACAUACAGUUCUGUAAUGUACAAAACACACAAUAAACUAGUGUGUAAACCAUUAGUUUACAGGAGUGUGAUCACUCCAAAGUCUGAAAGCUGCACCAAGGACUAAGAUAAAUAACCCUAUUCUUGGGUACUGACAAUAGUUUCUGUUUAGAAACUGAGUUUAUGUAAUACAUUAGGAACAGUUUAGUUUUAAUAUCUGUAGUAUUUGUUUACAUAAAUCUUACACAUUGUUUAGAUGCCAGUUAUUCCUGCUUACUCUAUUGUGAACUGAGUACAGUAGUUAACUGUUCAUGGUGUUAAACAUGAACAUUUGAAUUCAGGUGAAAAAGAGGACCAAGUUUAUGAAAUACUGAGCUGUCUGAGCAUUUUAGGGAGAUAAUGGAUAUAAUUUUGGUGAAUUCCCAUCUUUUUUGUAUUUCUUUAUUAUUUUACCAUUUGCAAGAGUGGCUGGGUAGUACAGCCCUUUACUCACCAUCAGGUGAUGGGUUUCCUUUUGUCAGACCUUGGUUGCUCU